GAUUUAGCACAGUGCUUGGUUUUUACAACCCCCCACAAUCGGAGGCUAAAAGCAACAGUGGGGCAAAGUGGAGCGACCGAGGAAGAGAAACCGUAACCUUUUUCACAAAGAAUUUGCAGCACUUAGUAGAUCCUGCAAGGAGGCCUCUGAUGAGCACAGAGAAGGUGUGUGUGGUGUCAUCCUAAUUUAGAGCUGUAUUCUGAGGGACGGAGGCUGGUCAGAAAAAACCAAGAGGGGCACAAUGUCACGAUCUGAUGAGGUCAACAAAAUGACAGAAAACGUCUACAAGGGUAUCCUGGAGCAGUUUAACCCCAGUCUGAAGAACUUUGUCACCAUGGGAAAGCACUAUGAGAAAGCUCUGACUGGAGUGACCGUUGCAGCUAAGGGCUACUUUGAUGCACUGGUCAAACUGGGGGAACUUGCCAGUGACAGCCAAGGAUCCAAAGAACUGGGCGACACUCUGUUCCAGAUGGCUGAAGUGCAUAGACAGAUCCAAGUGCAGUUAGAAGAUGUGCUGAAGCAGUUUCACUCAGAACUUCUCUCUCAGCUGGAGCAGAAGCUGGAUCUGGACAUUAAAUACCUCACAGCAACCCUGAAGAAGUAUCAGAAUGAGCGCAAGUCGAAAGCAGAGUCUAUUGAACGCUGCCAAUCACAGCUGAAGAAGCUACGCAGGAAAAGUCAGGGUGGUCGCCACCCCAGCAAGUAUGGAGAUCGAGAGAUGCAGUAUGUAGAGCUGAUGAGCCGCAGGCAGACGGAGUUGGACACUCUGGUUGCUGUGGGUUACCGCUCAGCUCUGACGGAGGAGAGAAGGAGGUACUGCUUCCUGGUGGACCGCCAGUGCUCUGUCACCAAGCUGCUAAUCAACUACCACUGCAAGGUGCGGGAACUCCUGUCCCAGAAGUUGUCAUCAUGGCAGCAGUCCUGCUCCCAACCUACCAAACUCCCAGAGCGAGCACUCAACCUGCUACGGCACACGGCUCCUCAGGGCUCCGGGGCUGCUGGGAUAGCAGAGGUCCUCAGACAUGCCAAACUGGGCACUGCUCAGUCUGGAGAGCAGAGGUUGUCCAUACAGGAAGUCCCUCCCUUGCUUAACGGUGAGGCCAGCAACCGCUCUCAGCAGCAGCAGCAAAAAUGGGGGUCUCAGUCAGGCUCCUACGACCCCAGCCCUUCCUCUCUCCCUGCACCGUCUGCAACCAGCACACCUCAACACAGCUCCCCUAAUGGCCCCACCCUCAGUGCCAGCACCUCGGCCAGUCCCACCCAAUCCCAGUCCAGUCUACAAUCUCCACCUUCCACCAUUUCUGCCUCUCUUUCUCUCAGCCCCAACUCCCUACAGAGCCUGGCUCUCCCCCCAAAUGCUCCACACAGUCCUCCUCUUCCCCACAGUGCCCCACUCUCCCGUGCACUCACACCUGUGCCCUUUGCUCUCCAGCAGGGUGGCACCACCUCUCCACCUCUCCACAAUCCGCUGCUGCUCAAGGCUACUGAACUCUUUGCAACUUCUACACUGCCGUUGCCAAGGAGACAGCCCAGCGAGACACGGACUGGGAUCUUCAGUUCUUCUCUUCCUCGUGUACUUCCUCUCUCUCCUCCUCCUCGUGUUGAGGCACUGUUCCCCCACUCCCCAAGCAAUGCUGAAGGAGCUGUAGGACUAGAAAGAGGAGUAGGAGGAGGCUCUUGCCUGCUGUCCUUCCUCCCUGGAGACAUCCUGAGUCUGCUGAUCAGCGAGCCGAGAGACGGCUGGCACUAUGGACAGAAUGAUAGGACGGGACGGAAAGGCUGGUUUCCUUUCUCCUACACGCAGCCAUUCCCAAACACACCUGAACAACAAGAUAUCAGCCUCCCCCUACUGUCUAAGCUGAACAGCACAAGCACAGGACAGCUGGACCGACUGCCCCCUGGUGGCGAGCUGAAGCAAGCCAGCCCAGAUUCAGAAGAUGACAGGAGUGUGGUGUCCCAGCGCAUUAGCACCUUCAGGCCACGACCCUACAGUAUGAUGAACCCUGACACCAAACAGCUCAGCCCCAGACUGUCUGCUACCCGACUCAAGGACAAACUGCCUGCCGAGCUCUCCUCUCCCCCUCCGUCCCCCAACAGGACCAAUCCGUUUGCUCACAUUCGACUGAGGAAGACUGUGACCAAUGACCGCUCAGCUCCCCUCAUUGACUAGGGUCUCUGUGUUGCAGUAUGGACCAGGCCUAGUUCAGAGGGCAUUUAUUGCACACAACUUUAUGUGCCAACACUUAAAAACAACUACCCCAUCAGUAGCGAUUAGAGCGAAUCUGUUCUGUAGAGAGAUAUACAUUUGAACUUGUACAAAACGUGUAUAAAGAAAUUCAUCAGUGAACACAUCAACAGAGAUGUACUGAUCAAAUGGCACAUUUACAAUAUAUAAUCUUGAUUCCCAGAGUGCUUUCCUGAUUCUCCUUGAAGAUACACUACUUUUAAGGCACAUCAGCUGGAAACACAUGAAGAAUUUAACCCCUUUUGUAAAAGAAGCAGUUGUUCUGUAUGACACCUGUAAGUUAAAAACACAGGACAGCUAUGACUUCUUAUUUUAAACAGCCCUCAAUCUAAAUAUUUGAAAUAAAUAAAACAAUAUUUAUAAGCAAUGUCAUGGCAGAGAAUUCAGUGUUUUGGAUUUAUAGUUGACAUCCACCAAAGUGCUGCUUUUACACUGGGGUGAUUAAUGUUUUGCUUCUGUAAUAUUACCAGUCUUGGCUUUUAGUGAUUAAAAAAAAAAAGGAGACAAAAUGCGAAAGGCAGUUAUGCUGCAUGAUCCUUAUGGUUUUGAGUUUGCUGUGCUGAGUCUAAGAUUCAGGGCAUAUAUAUUGAGAAUAUACAAUAUGUAGUUAAAUCCAACAGUGUGUGCUUAACUGCUAUGUAAAUGAAGACUCUUUAGCCGAUUAAACUGAGACAGGACUGGUUCCUGUUGUGUAUUUUGCAUUCACAGCACAGUGACUGCAAUUUCAGACUCAGAUCAUUUCUGGGGAAAUUUUUGUGACGUUCAACCUUUUUUUUCGCAAAAUGUUUUACCUAUUUUUACUUACAAUUCAGAUUUUUUUAUCUUCAUGUGCAUAUCCACAUAAUCUAAAGAGAAUGCUUAUUUACAGAGUUGUUUGUAUGUGUGUAAACCACCCAAAUAUGUAGGAUAAGACAAUAGUACUUCAUCAACUUUUUGUUUUGUUGUUUAAAUUGCUUACUUACAAUUAAUUUAGGCCAGAGGUGAGAACAUAUUUUAAGUUUUAUUUUAUAUUAUGAAGGCUGGGAGUUUCAGAGCAUUUCUUGGGAUUCCUGAUUUUGGUUGGUGAGGAGAGGUGAGAAAAAGCUGAAGGAUGUGGAAUGUGAAAAGUACAGAAGGGUGUUCAUUGUCAGAGUGAAAGGACUGUGGGAUGUUGGUGGUUAAUGAAGGUUAUUGAUAAGAAGACUCUUCUCAGGUCUCUCUGCUUCCUCAGUAAUGACUAACCAAUGUUUUUUCCCUAAUAUCCCCCAAAACAAGCCAUACUAAGCUUGUAGUGUUGAGUUGCACAGACCCUUGGUAGGGCCACGAAGGCUAAGGGUGAGUUGAGGCUUUAUGAAGGUCAUGGAGGCAGGACUUCUGUCUGGAAGUGGGCGAGAAAGGUUUAGAAAGUGAGGGAGUGUUCGAGGAAGUGCUGAAUGAAAGUGUAGAGCUAAAACAUGUAGAUAAGAACAUCUUCACUGUCCUGCUUCAGUUUAUGUUUGGAUUUCUGCGAGAGAAAGGCAACAAUAUUUGGAUGAUGCGUCUUACAAUUUGAGAGACAUAGAUAUUGUAACUUUUUAAUGACUUUUUGAUUUAAUUCUUUGUUGCAUAUAAAUCAUAUAAAUAAAAGGUUCAAAUGGUAAAUUGAACUCUGUCCAAGAAAAUGCAUUUGUUGCUAACACUGUAAACAUGGAGUAGAGUAGAAUCCGAAUGUCUACGAUGAUGAUAAUGUACUGAAUGUAGUAAAACUCUUUUAUGGCAUUAAUACGAAUGAUAACCUGUGAUUUAUGUCACUUUUUAAGUGCAAUUGCUUCAGUAAGUUAUUGUGGAUUCAGUUUUAUCAGUUUAUCAAUCAAUGAUUGAGGCACAAGGUCUGCUAGAGGGUUUUUUCUCUUUUAUGUCUCUUCCUUUGAGUAUAUUAGACCGAAAGGAAAUUCACAUUAAUUUUAAACGUUAAUUAUGCAUUAAUCAGUGUUAUGUAUAAAUGUUUUCUGAAAUCCAAGUUAUCUGUUCAUUAAUAUGUGUCUUGUAGAGCAAACAGAGGAAACUUUAUGGUUCCCACUUUCACCUGUACAGUUCUGGUCUUAAGAUUAAGAACCAAUGGAUGUUUCUCACAUGGAGAUGCUUUGUCUUUGUUGCCAUGCACAUGUACAUGAUUACACUGACUGUAAACUGUUCAGUAAGGUAAUCAUUUGUCAAGAUUUAUCAGCCUCUUGUACAGUUUCUUGCUGAUUUAUUAAACUAUUUUUGUGUAUUGGAGUGCGUAGGGUCACUGCUCUGUGUCUGUCAAUGUUCACCAUGCAGGUCAGUGAAGCUCAUUCAUCUUCAGGCAUCAGGCUGUAUAUCUGGGCUCCUCUGGGAGGCCUGAGAUUCAGUUUAAUCUAGAGUUCGGAUUGUCUGUCAGCUUGUUUCCUCUUUUGUGUGAGAAUUAAAAUAAACUGUGUUAAUCUCUA